AUGGAUAUCAGCUCGCUCUUGAACUCUGUCGUUCCAAUGGAUUUGGACGGCGUGGUAAAUCCUGCUCCCACCAUGGACAUUGACGAGCCUACUGAAGAGAUACACGCUGCAACAACACACCCAGUACACAAACCUGCUUCAAGCCACGUCGUGAUUGAGAAUAGUCUGGACGAUGACGAACAAGAUAAAACAGCAGGAGACGCAUUCAUGAACCCAGGCCCAGAUGAAUUCUCAUCUAUUGCGGAUCUUCCAAAGCCUGAACUCGAAGUACUAGACAAGAUCAUGAAUGUAACUAUCGACGGAGGAGUCACGAAAAAGAUUACCAGUCUUGGAUCUGGUUGGGCUAAACCUGGUAGAGGGGAUGAGGUGCAUGUAUUGUAUGUUGGGCGGUUGGCUGGGACGUCUGAGGUGUUUGACUCGAAUCAGGAUGUGAAUAGCCCGUUUACCUUUCAGCUGGGUCAAGGGAUGGUGAUAAAAGGCUGGGAUGAAGGCAUCAAAACAAUGAAAAAGGGAGAAAAGGCAAUUCUUUGCAUAUCUCCUGAUUAUGGCUAUGGAAGUAAAGGUGCUGGACCAAAGAUACCGCCCAACUCUACUCUCGAAUUCGAAGUGACGCUUAUAAAUUGGAAGAGUGUGAAUAGCUUGUCUGAUGAUGGCAAGGUAGUGCUGAAAAUGCUCAAGACUGAUCCUGCUGGAUGGCAGACACCGAAAAGUGGUUGGGAAGUUGUUGUCAGCUACACUGGGCGUAUAGAAGGACAAGACGAACCCUUCAUUCAAGUUCCUGACUUCACAUUCAUAAUUGACUCAAAAGACGCACAUACACCACCAUACUUUAGCGAAGCAAUCAAAAAAAUGAAGAAGGGCGAAGUCGGUCAACUCAUCAUCACCAUCACAUCUGGCCACGACUCUACGAAAUCCCAUCCUUUAACAGACCCGAAAAUCGGCAUUCUCAAAUCCACAACCGAAUACGAAAUAGAAUUGUUACGAUGGCAUGAAGUAGAAGUGCUCGAAUCGGUAAUAAGUAAAAAAACUCUGAAAGACGGGGAGGGCUGGGACAGGCCGAAGAGUCGCUAUCGAGUUAAAGUGCAAGUAACUGGUGCUGCCAUGCAGAACAAGGCAAGCAACCAAUUCAUGAAAGUGGAUGAUUGGUUUGUUCUGGGGUCUGGAGCACUACCUGAAGCAGUCGAAAUAGCACUUGAAAAAAUGAAGAAGGGGGAAUCAGCAGUCAUUAAAGCACCCGCUGAUUACGGGUUUGGGAAUACAUUGACGAAACAGUAUGGAUUGCUUCAGGAGCACGACGAGCUGGUGUUUGAUAUCGUUUUGGAAGAUUGGGAAAAGAAGAAGGAUUCAUGGGAUAUGAGUCGGGAGGAGAAGCUGGAGGAUGCUCAGUCUUGUAGAUUGAUGGGCAAUGAUUUGUUCAAGGAGGGAAAAAUACGGUCUGCGAUUAAGCAGUAUGAUCAGGUCGUGACGUAUCUCGGGACGCUAACAAGCUCAACGCCGGAAGAGAAACAACAAGUCGAUACGCUACUAUUACCAGCCUACCUAAAUCUCUGCGCUUGUCAUCUGAAAGCAAGUGGAGGACAAGCAAACGUUUUCGAGACAGCUAAUAAAGCUGUCACACUAUGUCCAACAUCCGCCAAAGCUCUGUACCGAAGAGCGCAAUCAUUCUCAUCAAUAGGCGAAUACGAAAAGGCUCUGGACGAUAUAAAACAAGCCGUGAAGCUUGAGCCCAAAGAUGCUGCUCUACGUACAGAGUAUACCCGAAUCUCGGAAUUGUUAAAGGAGCAUCGUGAGAAUCAAAAAAAAUUGUUUAAGAGGAUGUUUGGAAAGGAGAAUUCUGUUGCUAGUGCUGCUGAUACUACGGCAUCGUCGCAUAUGGCUGUUAGUGAGUCGGAUGCUGCAGCGGCAAGAUGA